AACAAAAACCGUUUUAUAAUGACCUCAAAUAAAGAAAGAAGCAUGGAUUGGAAGCCUUCGCCGAAUAUCUGCAGGUGCUGCCUCACUGACGGAUGUUACAAGAAUAUUUCAUCUGCUUACUAUUUCUCUGGCGAAAAGGAAGUUUACGAAGAAAUGCUGAAAGAAACUCUCGAUAUACAGAUUUCUGACCAGAAUGGUGCUAGUACACUUAUUUGUGAAGGCUGCAUUAUUCGCCUUCGAGACGCGCGUGCCUUCAAGCAAACUGUACUCCAGAGUGAAGCCACACUCAGUCAGUAUUACACAUUGGAACAUGAUGAAGAUGUCAUCAUGGAACCAAACCUAAAGUUGUCAGACGUGAAGGCGGAACCGUUACCACUAGAUGCAGAGGGUGUCAGCGAUGGAUAUCCAGAUGGUGCGAGUUUCGAUGAUGAUGAGAUCCUCGCCAACAUAAAACUGGAGCUCACGAAAGACGCGAGUUUAGAAGACGGCGCCAGGAAACCCGCGAGACUCAAACGGAAAACGAAGACGAAGAAAAACAGAACUAAACACGAGAAUGCAGACUCGGAUCAGGACAAGUGGAGGGCGCUAGCGGACCGGCGCGGUACCGGGCCGCUGCUGCGAGAGAACUCGCUCAAGCUACUGGCCAACUCGACGGUGUCCGUGUUCCAGUGGAACAAGAGCUGGUACCGCUGCUUCUGCUGCAAAGAGCCAUUCCCCGACAUGGCCGGCCUCAAACACCACACACACACCUCGCACACUCUAGAACACAUCAAGAAGAAGAUCAUCCUACAGCAGAACCGACUAGUCAAGGUCGAAGUCACCGACUUGUGCUGCAAAAUAUGCCAAAAACCUGUAGAAAACUUGCCAAAAUUAAAACUACAUUUAGAAGAACAUGACAUCAAAAUUGAAGGCGAAGAUUUACUUGUACCAUUCAAAAUUGAAGAUAAUUUAAAAUGUCAGAUAUGCUCAGAGAAUUUUUCAGUUUUUAGACUAUUGAAUAUGCAUAUGAAUAAACAUUUUCAAAAGCAAGUUUGUCAUAUAUGUGGUGCGGCGUUUUCUAAUCUAGUAUUUUUAAAUUUGCAUAAAACAAGGUCUCAUAGACCGUUCCGUUGCAAGCAUUGUAACGAAAUAUUUUCGAAUAAAAUAGAUAAAAAACAUCACGAGAUGUCAGUGCAUAAUAUUAAGUAUGAAAGGAAAUUACGCUUCCCGUGUCCAUAUUGUGAGGAGAGAUUUUUUCAAGAAAAUUUCAAAGUUUUACAUAUGGUGGAGAAACACGGUUUAAGAAAACCUGAGCAUAAGUGUUUGGUGUGUGAGAAAUCGUUUGUGACGCGAAGUCUGUGUAAUAAUCAUAUGAAAAACGUUCAUAUGAAGGAGAAGAAUCAUGAGUGUGAUGUGUGUCAUAACCUGUUUUAUACGAAGUCGGAUGUGACGCGGCAUAGAGUGACGCAUACUGGGGAGAAGCGGUUUUCGUGUACUUUAUGUAGUAACCCGUUUGCGACUAAGGAUUCUUUGAGAAGGCAUAUGAAAAGGACGCAUGUUGGUUUGCAUUAAACUGUUGAAGUUA